AUGGCUAUUAAGCCCCCGCUGGAUGCAAGGGAAUACGUGAAAGCUUCCUCUGCUAUUUCUAUCCAAGAGUGGAGCUUGGAAAGCUUCCUUCAACAUCAUCCAGCCAAGUUUAAUGGGAAGUGCAGCCCAGGUGAAGCUAAUCAUUGGUUUAGAGACAUGGAGAGAAUAUACGAAGCUAAGAGGUGCCCAGAUGAGAAUAAGUUGACUUAUACUCAUUACUCAAGACCAAGUUUUACACUGAAUAUUUCCCUGACAAUUGAUAAGGAGAUUGAGUUUCUCCAACUGGUUCAAGGAAAUAUGACUAUUGUUGAGUAUGCUGACCGAUUUAAACACUUGCUUCGGUUCUACACCAUGGCCAUAGAGAAAGAGUGGCAGUGCAGGAAGUUUGAAAAUGGUUUGAGAGGAGAUAUCAAGUUGUUGCUGAAGGGACUGCGCAUUCAGAAGUUUCCUACUUUGGUAGAGAUGGCCCGUGUGAUGGAGAAGACCAAGAAAGAGGUUGAAGGAUAG